AUGCUUCAAUCUGUUUAUCUUACUCCAGGUGAUAGCGAGUUGGCUGACAUGGGUGUUCUUCGAAGUCACCGAUACGAGUUCAAGAUAACGCACCGCAUCACCAGUCCAGUUGAUGAGAAGUCACAAUCGGGACAUGUAAUUCAAGGAAAAGCCAUCAUCUCUGGUGGGACAGAAUGCACUUAUGUUCUCAAGGUCGUUCGUAAAACGUCUAACUUUCAUAAUCAUACCAGCCUUUACAAAAUCCAGCUUGAAGAUGUAGAGGCCGUGGAGUUGAAAUCGGACGGAUCCCAGGUCCUCCAAGAAGAAACUGCACGUAUUCUUCAAGAAAGAGUUGCCUUUUUCGGUUACGACAACGGGAAAGUAACCGGCUAUUGCCCCUCAGAAAACGAAGAUCCGUUUGCAUGGAACGUGAAGGCAGCCAUACUUUCCCACCUCCAACUAGGUUUCGAGUCGACUAAUCUGCCUUCUGAGACCAUUGAGGUAAGGCCAAAAUACCUGACUAUUCCUGACGAAAAUUAUGCAAGCCCACCUCAACAAGUAUUUUUCGUUAAGGAGGACGUUUCAGGGAAGUGCAUAACCCGGUUUGAAGUAACGGAGGCAACUAACGAAGCAAUUUCAUUCAGAAAACGCAAACCUACAGCCGGCUGCUCCAAUAAAUACGACUACAUCACACGUUUUGAUGGUGUUGCAGAUGACAUACCAUUGACAUCAUCAAGGAAUAAAAUGGUGGACGGUCAGCAGGAAUGUGAAGUUCGAUUUAGGUUUAAAAAACCAAUUUCCAAAGUCACCUGCAACGAGACAAUUUUAAUAAAAAGCUUUGUGGAUCAACGCUGGGAGAAACUCAAUACAAUCGAAGUGAAAACAAAGUUGACACUCAUUUCUUCUGCGUCAGGAGGAACCCCUUCAUUCGUGAGAGGCAUUAUCCUUUCCUUAAAAUUGAAUAACCCACCCUCAGGCAGCUUUUCACGAUUUUCUAUCACUUUGCUCAUUUUUAUAGAAGGAACCGACACCUUCCUCCGUACCACCCUCCGCCAUCGCGAGAACUACGCGUUGGAAGUUCCGGACAAGACGGUGACCAAAGAGAGAGCCAUGAACCUACUCAACGCAGUGUCCUCGGAAAAGCACAUUCCCAGUACCCAAGAUUUUCUCAUGCUAGUCAACCUAAUGCAAAAACUGUCACAAGAUUACGAAGCGUUCAAAGAAUUUUCCUACAGUGAACAGGCCAUGUAUGUCCCCCUCAAAAUUUUCCUCAUGAGCCUUCUUUACGAUGCUGCAACAUAUGCCCAAACGGAAGCAUCAAUGGAAUUCCUCGGUUGGUGUAUCGAUGCAACGAAAUCCAAUUUUCCGAUUGCCCACAUGAGUCUCAUAGCAAAUCCGUCGCUUCCAUUCAUCAAAAAAGCAACGGAAGUUCUCGCUAGAUCUGACCACAAGACAUUUACAAUGGUGGUAUCAAACCUCCUGCAAGCCUUCUGCAACUCUCAUCCAAACUGUGCCACGGAGAAAGAUGUGAAGGAAGUUUUGAAGAAUCUUGAAAACGAAUUAGGCAGCAAUUGCCGUUAUUCUGGUGCAAGUGGAAUGGAGAAGGUCAUCAAUUCGCUGAGAUCUAUAGCGAAUCUUGGCUUCGUUAGCGACCCGCCCAAAGUCUAUCCAGUGUUGAAGGAGUGUCUGAAACGCCACCCAGCAAGGGACCUCGUCAUCCGUGCGUCUGCAGCUGAGGCCUUCCGGAGAUUCAGUGAGGAUUCAGAAGUUGACGAAAUCCUGUGGAGUGUUAUCACGGAUACGGACGAAGAUGUGGAGGUGAGAAUCCAAGCCUAUCGAUCAUGGGCUCGUUCCUUUACGCACCAAAAGCUCUUGAUGCUGAAAUUCCUUAAUACGGAGCCUAACAAACAGGUCAAAUCUUUUAUCUUGAGUCAUCUGCAUGAAGUCAGAGUCUCCAACGAUCGGUUUAAAGAGGCAGACUCUCUCCAGCUGGCAAAUGCAGAUGCUAAUCUGACCAAGAUGAUAGAUGCCUAUGAACCUAAUCCUUUCGUACUGUCCACCUACAAGGAGAAAUUCAUUUCCGGCUGGCAGGUAGGUCGGCAAAUUGCGUUUCAACACAAGUUCCAGUAUGGUGGAGGUGUGGAUGCUGCGGUGGUCUACGGCCCACAGAGCCCGAUUCCACGUUCCAUUAACCUCAACUUCACGCUUAAUGUUCUGGGCCACUCAUUCAAUGUUCUCGAGAUCGGUUACCGCUCGGUUUACUCGAAAGGUAUAAACCGUUAUAUUCAAGGACUCCAAAGAAAACGUCCCAUGCCGUCAAUCACUGAACAAGAGGGUCAAGUUAACGCCUUCCCCAACAUUAAUGCCAAGUUUGCCGACGAACCAAUGCUUGACACCAAAUCGAGACUUUCACUGCGAAUGUUCGGUCGUGAUCUUGCCUACCAUGAGGACAUUGAAAGUACAGAUCAACUGGCAAGGCUCCUUGAAACUCGCCAGUCCCUCAUUGCGCUCAAUGAGACGUUCGCACUUCCGACAAUCGGUGGACUCAUCGUGCAGUGCAGACAAACCCUGGCCACCCAUCAGGACGUUGUUUAUUUUGAUGGACGAAGCACGAAGUAUGGUGUGAAGAUUGCUUUCGAUGCAGUGCAUUCGUUCAAAGUAUCCCUCAACUCACCUAAGGGACCCUUGGGUUACAUCACUGACGACAAGUGGGAGGCGAACGCCCAGCUCCUGUUCACGCUCGACGUCUUGGACAGGAUAAGGGAGCUCACCGGAUUUGAAGCCGGCAUCCACGGCAUGGAUCCCAAGGUGACAGCCUUUAAAACCAGCCAAAACGGUUUUUGCAACUGUAGUCGAUCAGUGCGGGGGGUUUCACCAAGCGGCGAAAGUCCCGCUCUCCUCCCGGAAGGACAACCUGAGACCCUGGGCGCCUCCCCAGCCAUUCUCGAGACGCUGCUCGGCCUUAAGGCGAAAGUUAACGCCCUCCGUCACCAGCCGUCUGGCCUUCUCACUGGCUACUCUUUGGAGGUGGAUCGCUUCGAUGGACUGUUUGUCAGCUUUCAAAGAGAAAAACCGGGUUUUUCGAACAUGUUCCAGUCAGUAAAAUUUGAGGUUAAGCGCUACCAGGAAAAAAGACGAAGCUUCACAACGGAUGAGGAACUUAUCAAGUUGAAUUAUCUCACCAGAGUUCUAAAAAGUGGUCGAUUUACUUUGGUGACGGUCAAAAUGCCCUGGAAUAGUACAUACAGAUGUUCAGUCAACUACAACACCGAAGGGGAUUUUACAGGCGAGGUGACCAUUGGCAAAUGGGAGGCCAACAUAACCGGAGAUUUCAAGUCAACGGGACCCUCGGAUUAUGAGCUCUCUGCUCAACUUAUCAGUGAUGAAAUCAGUCUGUCAGCGAAACAGCAAACAAAAACUGGAAAGCGCUAUGUACUCGCAGUGGAAUCAACGGGCAAAAUACUGCCGCUGACGUUUACAUCAACGACAGAGUUUGUAACUCCAAAACAAAUGAAGCACUCAGGUGAAAUUCAGCUGACCUCAUCGAAGGAGAAGAUUUGCUUUGAGACACAGCUAAACUGGACCCCUCGACACUAUCAUGGACUGUUAAGUCUUGCAACGGGCAAGGGACGUUCUCAGAACAAGUGGAUGGGUGAAUUCGCAGCAAUAAAUCAUGUCGGCGAAUCGUCACUUCCUCCGGUUGCAACUCUUUAUAACUAUUCCUUCUUUUCAAUCGUCGAAAAAGACCAGGCUGCUGAUCGCCCCGUGCCCUGGAGAGUCGGUUCGGCAGCCACUUUAGCGUCUAACGCCAGUUCGUCCUGGAGACUGGACACUAGACACUGGCUUAAUUCGUAUGAAGCAGAGAUAUGCUACGGCGCCCAGCAUCACCUCAAGGCCUCCAAUCAAAAGACUUAUGCGCUUAAUGUGACGUUUAAGGAAAACAAGACGGUCCUGCUGACCACGGUAGCGCAAAUGUCUAUGGAUCCAUUCAGUAUUGUCAAAGGCAGUUUUAAUGCAAGCCUCAGACAUUAUCUUGUGUGUAAGGGCGUUCCAGGAAGCCUAAAUGUCGUUUUCGUGAAUCUUUUGCCCGAAAUUUCAUUGCAUGGUGAAGUACUUUGCGGAAGUGAUUGGUUGUACAAAGUUAAAGCAAUCUCCAACUUCCUCAAGUCUCAUAACACGAUUCAUCUGAUUAUGGCUCGAGGUGCCGACGUUCGCAUCGAAUCUCCAUACGUAUUUCGCGUAUCAGAUGGCAAAAUAAUGCUACUAACAAACUCAACUGUUUUUCUUGGAACAAAAGAACUCUAUCACGCUUUUACAAACUCAAAUUUCAGUUUCUUGAAGUUCGAAAAUAGUGCAGUUGUCAAAAGAGUUUCCGACGGUCAGGUGAUAGCUUCGGCUGAGUUGGAUGUGGCGGGACUUACAGCGUCACCUCCACAGUUUAAUUUAAUAAUCGAUCUGCCAGCUCUGGGGAGCGGAUUUUUCCUUAGCUCUGGACUUAUGAUAAGUCACAGCCUAGAACGCAUUCUUCUCGAUGCUAGAACGAUUGUGAACACGGGUGUUACGAAACGUGGGUUUGAAGCUUUCCUUUCUUGUCAUAAAAGAGGUAUUUCCGUUGCUUUUAAUGGCUCAGUGCAUGGACUGACAGCCAAUAAACCGGCAACUUUGAGUUUUGACGUCCAAAGGAGUCCCAAGGGUUAUGACCAGGCGAGUUUAUUCCUUCGAACACACUUGGAGGAUGAAAUAGUACUUAAAGCAACCAAAGAUAAAGAAGAGGAACGCCUCGCUGGAGAGUUGUCUCUCUUGUGCUCCCUCCAUCCAGGUUCCCCAACGAAAACCUUCACAGGAUUCUUAUAUAAGACUCAGAUAUCCUGGGCUUUCACAGAUGAGCUCUUUAAAGUUGAACAACAUGGAGAGUGGAAUGGGAAGCGGGCUGUGCCACCAGGGAUGCCAUUCCGUUACGGAAUCACACAUAGCCUUCACCCCGAUAGAAAUGGUGGCGAGAUUCACAUCUUUGGCGAAGAUACUAACAUGGGUAAGGCCGUCGGUAUGGAGAUGCUUGAAGGAUUAUAUGAAUAUGUGCUGGAAGAACCCACAAAGCCGUCGUGGGGAAUGGAAAGCAAUAUACUACUCAACUGGAGACGGUACCUUGGAAGAGGCGUGAUUGGUUCACAAGCUACCAUAAAGGCAAAAAUGGACAAAGGACUGAAAGAUGGGAGUUUUGACAUAACAUGCACGCUGCCCGACGCCGAACAAACAGUUGCAGAACUAAGCGGGAAGUUUCAAGUCAUUGGCAACGAACUUAAAGUAACAACACAAGGUCUGUAUGGAAAUGAACAGGUACAUCAGGCAGAACUGGAAGUGAAGUCUAGCAAACACGCGUUGGAAGUGGAGAUAAAAGUGGAUGUUGCCCCGCUAUUUCUCGAAGCGGAGUUCGAAAGUCGUUUUACUUCAGAACCCUCUACAAGUAUUGAAGUGGAAGUCAGUCAAAAAGGAAAAAAAAUAUGGAUAACAGAAUUAAACGCCUCAAAGAAUCAACGGCCGAAAUUUGUUCUCCUUUUUGAACCUCUGGCUGUUUCGAGUGGUUUGAAAAAGGUGAACGUAAGCUUGGAAAGUCCAAUUAAACCAGUGGAUAUGAGCAUCUGUAACUUUGCUGUACAAGGUCACUUUAAGACGGAACCAGUUCUUGCUGAUUGCGAUUUUAAUCUGCAGAUUAAAAACAGCGAGAAAACAAGCACGAAUCCAGAGGGAGGGAGCCAAUUAAUUAAAGUGGAUCUUCAAAUCAAUGACACAAAGGGUUUAGUACAUAGAGCCGAGGGCUUGUGGCGCCUAUUCAGGCAAAAUCCUAAACUGCCCUUCACUUUUGUCGCACGUGCAACCUUGGACUCUUCCCAUUUCCUGGAUGGACCUGUCACCAUUUCCGCUGAACACACCUGUGCACAAAGCCCAAAUGAACAAGAAGGUAUCACAUCCCUUCACAACAGCAGCCACGAUUCCGAUAUUGGCUGCGAAAAGCCAAGCGAAUGCACACUUGUAAUGGAGAACUCAAAGUCAGAAAAGAAUACCUUCACAAAUUUUGCUGCUUCCAUUAGUCGGACUUCGAUGAUGACAACGUCGUUUGAAAUCAACAUUGACAGAAAGCAUGCACUCGAAUUUCUUUUGACUCAAAAUGGUAAUUCAGUGGAGGGACUAAGAUUAAACCUUAAAAUAAAUGGUGAGGAGGUAGCAACGAUCGAGGGAGAGGGAAGUCUCAAUUUCGAUGACACCGGUUUCACCUUUACCCUGAACUCAAAAUUUGCAGCGCGAAGUCAUGCCAAUUCCUCUCUGAAGCUCACACUUCACAACCUUGUUCACCGGCGCGCAAUUGAUCUAGCACUAAGGUCAUCACUGAAAUCAUUCGGCGACCACAGGUUCAAAGUAAAGGCCAAUUUGGACUACUUAACUUGGGUUAUUGAUCCCAGGAGGAAGGAACAAGGUGCAGGACUUAAGACAUACCUUAUACAACUCGACGAUCAUGCAAUUGGUCUCGAAUUCACCGGCGCUUCCUCCUGUAUGUUUACAUGCAGUUUGCCCAGCCUAUCACUUCCAAUCGUGUUCCGCUUUGCCUAUGACCUAGACAAAGAUUCACGGCAGUCAUUAUUGCAGAUCCACAAACCAGUUGAAAUUGACAUCAGGGGCCUGCUUGGUUCCGCACCCGAGGCAUUCGUGGCACUGUCCAACAAGGCAGACAUCAUCAGUACCAUCGACAAUUUCAAACUCAGGGAUAUUCGAUACCCACGGAACACGGAGUUUUACAAAGGCGGAUGUGCUUCUCGUGAGCCUGACUGUUUUCUCAUUGUUCUCGGCACAAAUGUUAGCAGAGAGGCCCAGCAAAAACUCCUAUUCACUUUGGUUCUCCCAAAAGACGAGAAGUUUCAGUCAUUUAAUGUGGAACUUGACUUUGCAGAAAUGACACCCAGGGCCCUAAGAGUCACCUCGAGAGAUCGAGAAGUUGGAGUAGGCGUAUGGUUUGAUCGCAAAAAUCAAGUAUUUUUCACGGAGGUUGCCUGGGAUCGUCAGCGAGGAGGCGCUGUGGAAAUUUCCUGUGGUCGAAAUUUCUUUGCAUUGCGGCAUCCCAAACGACGUGUCGACAAAACCAUUGGUCACCCCGGAACCAUGGACUCUGGUGAUCGAGAUGCCAAAAGCUACCUGCAAGUUACUUUUAAAAACCCAAAUACGGUGGAAAUUAAGUCUAUCUUUCUAAAUGAGCCAAUAUCGAUGGUCUACGAAAAGGAGAUGUCUCGUCAAACUUGGAGUUUGCAUCGAGGAGCGUUUGGAAAGUUGUCAAAGGCUCUGGCUACAUUUUCAGUUACCGGCGAAACCGUAAACCAAUUACGUAAGCGCAAUAUCAUUCUCUUCAAACGAGAGGGACGCACAAUUGAAAUCGAUACCUUAGUGGAGAAAAGUACAGCAAUGUGUACGAUAAGUAAGCCCAAGUUUAUACUUAGUUAUUUAAUCUGCAUAGAUUCCACUAUUAACAUUGAUGGAAAGAGCGGGAAGCUGAUUUUCGAACACAUUCCUGGCCGACGAAUCUUUUUAAACCUCGGUGGUCUAGACAGUGUAACGGUCAGUGGAAUACCCGCAUUCAUAGCGGAACUGGAGGAAACACUCAUUUCCCUGAUGACCGAAGAAGUCGGCGAGCUUAAGAAAUUAAUUAACCAGACUGCCAUACAGGAGGCGUGGGUCUCGGCAUACCGGUAUAUAAAGGGACUACCCACAUCUGCAAUUGCCUCACAAGGCACUAUUUCCAAUUUCUCAAAUCCCAGUUUUUUCAAGGAAGCCGAAAAGCUGCACAGUCAGAUCACUGGAGCACUGGACCGACUGGAACAGCUUUUUAACGAUUACUGUGAAGAGAUGCUUGGGCCCAUUUUCCGAUCCUUCCUGGACACAUUUUAUAGGCCACAUUUAUCACACAAUGAAACGAAUGGGAAUACCUUCAAGGCCAACUGGAGUGGCAUCACAGUAAACUCUUCUGUCUACAUUCCUCUUUGGAUUCGUUCAACAGUAGGGCCUGCUUCUGCGAUUGUAACUGGUUUUCCCCUAAGAAAGAAUAAUGACAUGGAAAAGAGAUUAGCUACCUUCUACCCGGCUAUAAAGCAACUUGGUGGGACAUUGAAAUCGUUGACUCUAAUUGGACGAAAGCUGAGACAGCCUUGGAACCAUAAAGCUUGGCUCUUUCUACAUACCGCUGAAAAAUCCCACGUGAUCACAUUUGACAAGAAACUCAAAAGCUUUACACCGACGUUGGACUCUGUUUAUAUUUUGGCCUUUGAUUCGGCUAAGAGAGACAUUGCUGUGUCCGUGGUAUUCUCAGCUGAUGAGGCGCGCUUCGUCUACCACAUAGGCCCCAGGAAUAUUGCAAUCAGCGAGUGUGGAAUGGUUGCCAACGGAGAUGUGGAAAGAAAGUCAGGAUGUCGAGAGAGAGUUGGAGCGACGAAUUUGACUAUGACAAGAACUCGCAGACUUUGGGAAAUUCAUGAUGUGAAUCGGGAUGUAAAACUCACCUUCUAUAAGCAGGAACAAAUCCUCCUGGUUGAAGUCGGUGACCGAUGGUACGGACGUCUGGGCGGAAUACUUGGAACCCCUGGGAACGCGGCAGCUGACGACACUAUCGACACUUUGAUUGCAAAUUGGAGAACAUCGGAGGGCCGAAGAGAGAAAUGGUUGGGUCGAACGCAAAGUGAAUGUCAGAAGAAAAUACUGGGAAUUGAUUACGUGAAUAAUCUUUUUAAAAGCUUCAAACUUCAAAAAGAGGAUUGUCCCUUGACACCGUUUAUUGAAUUGGCAAUGACUUCAGCGGGAACGCGAUGCGAGGCAGAGGACUGCACGUUUUCACGGGACUCAGUCUACGACGCACACGCUGCCCUCGCAAGUUGCCUUCGCAGAGGGUACAUUAGAAACCCGUGUUUCGGUGAGUUCAUUAAGCCACAGGGACUGGGUACAGUUGUUGCAGCAGAGAAAAGUUAUUUUCCGUUUUCGAAAAAAAAUUGUUUUCAAAGAUUUUAG